CACCACCUUCUUGAUGAAGCCGAUUUGAACGCUGCGCCUUUACGCUCGUACUGCGCAGGCGUUGUAGCUAGGCAGCCCCGGUGGCGCAUGCGCAGUACGGGCGGUCCGCUGUUUCAGCGUGUGGUUGUCAGCCAGGGACUGUGAGGUGCUCGCUAGGGUUUCUUCCCUGCUUCCUGGUUUUGCAUGAGCCAUGACUUCCAUAGAUAUCAACGCAGAGAGAGAGAAGAUCCAGAGGGAGAUAGAAGCGCUGGAGAGGAGCUUGGGACCGAAUAUCGCUUCCAUUGAAGUGGCGGUGUCAGACUCCAGCUUCGAUUCAGAUGAGGAUGAUCUUGAUAUAGACGACCAUUUAAAUGAAGAUCUGGAAGAGGAGGAAGAGGACUGGGAAGAUGGAGGCAGCACGGCGGAGAUGUGCUUACAGAUGAACCUGGUGUACCAAGCCGUGAUUGAAGAGAAGAUUCAGGAGGUGGAGCUUCUUAUUGCCCAGAAUAAGGAGCAGCAGGAUGAGCUGAUGUGGGAGAUAGCUGGGCGCAAGUACCAUAAACCUGGGGACAAACUGCAGCCAUUGAACCUUUCUAUUGGACACUUUCUGAAGCCCUACUUUAAGGACAAAUCCAUGGGAAUGGGCCCUCCUGCCAACCAUGACAUGCUGGAUCGCACUGCACAAGGAAUCAAGUCUUAUGAGGUGUUUGCCACUCCCAAAUGGACAAGCACACAUCAGGCUGAUCUGAAGCAAGCAGUGAUCAGUGACAGCUUACAGAGGAUGUUGCAGCCCAAGUUACUGAAGCUGGAAUAUUUGGAGAAGAAAUUUGAUGAAACGAAGGACAGCGUUCAGAAGAAGAUGGUGGCAAAGCAGAUUCAGGAAGCUGAACGAGAAAUAGCUGAUAUAAACCAACUUUCAGAAGAUUCCCUACUCGGGCAGAGAACAGACGACCAUGACUGGGAGAAAAUUUCCAAUCUCACUUAUGGAGGCCUUCACACAGCGGAGAGGCUGAAGAACAUGUGGCAGAAUUAUGAACACCCAGGCAUCUCUAAGAACGAAUGGGACGGGGAGGAAAUAAAGAAACUGCUGGACGUAGCUCAAAAGCAUAAUUAUGUCAACUGGAAAGUGAUUGCUCAGGAACUCGGAUCAAACAGAACCGCUUUCCAAUGCCUCCAGAAAUACCAGAGCUGCAACACCAAUUUCAAGAGGAAGGAAUUUUCCAAGGAAGAGGAUGAGAUGCUGACGCAGUUAGUCCAGAGGAUGCGAGUUGGGAACCAUAUACCAUACAAGCGAAUUUCCUACUUCAUGGAAGCUCGAGACUCCAUGCAGAUCCUAUAUCGGUGGUCUAAGAGUCUGGAUCCUGCUAUAAAGAAAGGCCAUUGGACAAAGAGCGAGGAUGAGUUGCUGCUGAAAGGUAUAGCUAAACACGGGGCGAAGAAUUGGUACAAAAUCCAGAAUGAGGUUCCGGGGAGAAGCGACGUCCAGUGUAGGGAAAGGUACAUAAAAGGCCUGGACGAGGAUCUCAAGAAGGGGAAAUGGAGCCCUGAAGAAAAGCAGAAGCUCAUGGACCUGACUGAAAAAUACGGAGUUGGUCACUGGGCAAAAGUAGCCAAGGAGCUGACACAUCGGACUGGCUCCCAGUGUCUAAGCAAAUGGAAGGGACUAAUGGGAUACUUCAAGAGCAAAAGGAAGAAGAAAGCAAAGAAACUAAAAAUCAGGAAGACUGUGGUAAAGGAAGAAAAUAAAACCCACGACUCGGAGGACAGCACCAGCACUAUUAGUAGCAGCAGCAGUGACGAGGAUGAAUUGGAGCUGAUAGACUCCGAAGAAGAAAAGAAGGUGCGUCGCCUCCCGGAGCCAAGUUUUAAAAUCACGCCCUGCAUGAAUAAGUGGAUCCCCAGGAGGCAGAUCAUGACUGCUUCAGGAAAGGCGCUUAUCAAGCCAUCGACAUUUGCUGCUUCAUGCUCCAAACAAUCGCAGUUAAAAAAAAGCAAACCAGGCAAAGAACGCUCUUUUCAGUUCACCACCUUGCUCAAAGGUAUCGCGUACCCCCAUUCCAUGGACAGGGUGUUGGAAAACCGUCAGGAAAUCCUGAAAGAGCCAGGGGUACAAGGGCGGCAACUUCUGCUGGUUGAGGAGGAUGAGGUGAGAAAGGUCCUGCAGAAGAAUAGUGAUCGCUUUCAAGAUAAAUUGUUAUCGAGAAUCAAUAUUAAGAAUCUGAAGUCUGGAGACCUGUCGGGCAUCGUAAACUUUUCUCAGCAGGAGCUGAAACGAGAGCGCAGGGUGGAACUCUACAGAAACUCAGUAGACAGAAAGCUACUUCUGGCAGUGACCCCGUGGGUUGGAGAUGUGCUCCUUUCUGUAUUUACCAGCCAAGGGAGGACUUUUAGGAAAGGAACACAAGGGGAAAUUUUAAAACAGAAGCUGAAGUCCUUGGCUCUCAACAGCACUCCUAUUUUCUCCUUCUUGAUUCAAAUCUUCAGAAUAGAUGCUGACGGGUGCCUUAAAAUAAUCCGCGAUCGGAGAAUGAAGCAGAUUUUUCCUGACACAUCCCGGAACACCGUUAAGAGGAUCCCACCGGCACCGACACCAGCCCCGGCAAUUUCCACUAGCAAGUUCGUCCCAAUUCAGCCUUCCAAGACUCCAAGGAGGCCAAUAAUAGAGAAACCUCGGGCACCGCCACCUAAACCCAAGACUGUGAUGGAGCUUCUAAGGGAGAAGAGAAUGAGGGAAUCAAAUGCCAAAAAAACGGCUCAGAACACAGUUGUCCUCUCUUCAAACCUUCUGCUCCCACAAUCCAUUGUGAUCAACCCACAGCCUAAUGCAUUGGGCAACCAGCAAACUGUGGUGCUGCCGUUGGCUCCUUCCACGCCAGAGAAAGGUGUCUGGCCAAUCAUGCCCUUUGUUUCCAUACAGGCCGGGCAGAUACCCCCGAAAAGCAGUGCAACAGUCAACCCGGUGCAAUCCAGUCCCCCUAAAUCUGCAAGUGAACCUGUUGCAGCAAAUGUGUUACCCAGUACUCCAGAGAAACAAAGUACUAGUAAUGAGGUCACUAAGGGAACCCCGUGCCCUUUUUCAGGGGUACCGGCUUCACCCGUUCAGCCUUCCAUUACAGUGCUGCCGACAAUAUUGAAUCCGACGGUAAAUAACAGCAGACCCGUGCCGUUCACUUUGGUGGUGACACCGCACGGAGUAGUCCCGGUGCAACUUCAGGCUCUUGGUUUCCCUGCACAAGUUCCGGCACCUGCAUCUCUGAUCACAAACGGUGCCAUUAAUUUGGAAACGAGUUCUGGUCAGGCAACAAAUGUCCAAAAUACAGCUGUAACCCCGCCGACUACCAAUGACGGUGUGCGUGAAGUUGUUUCGGCUACGGAAGCAAAUCCAGAGUCAAACCAGGAUGAAACCACUUCUACAGUGGCUCAGAAACCUUCUAUCGCUUCAAACGAUCAAAAUCAGGGCCCCUUAAAGUCUACAACGCAGUCUAUCCUAACAUCAAAAAAGUAUCCUGUGGUAAAGAUAGCAAGACUUCUGCCAUCAGGUCUUCCCAAACAAGGUGCAGCGGCUGCUGGAACGCAAGCUCAGCCAUCUUCUCCGUCUCCAAGUCCUGCAGCGGCCGCUGAGAAGAAAGUCAUGGAUUGGGGCCUCGUCUCUUUGGAAGAAGAGGGAGUGGCCAAGAAUUGGUUCCAUGGGAUAGAAGGUGUAAAAGUGCCGAUGUUACCUAAAGGCAUGGCUUAUUUGCCUCCAUCUGCCUGCACGCUUAAAACCCUCUCUAAACUGCUGCUACAGACAAGCACCUUGGAAGAGAAUGCGUUCAAAUUGGUUCCUUCGAUGGAGGGCGAAAGCGAGCCAACACCCGCCGAAAAGACAGCGAUUCUGCGGGGCCUGGUGGACAGAAAGUUAAAAUCUAACCCCGGUUACCUACUGCUCAAACAGCGCUUUCUUUCUGCCUUCACUGUACCAGGCUUUCUUGCUAGCUUGCACCCCGAGCAAACAAAGAAGGUUGUAUCCAACAUUACCAUAAAGAGCGAGGACAGUGAUGACGAGACUGAUGACUCUGCAGACGAAGAACCCAGCCCCUAUAAUGAACCGCAUCCAACUGCCAGCUAUCCACAGCCCUCUGCUUGUACAGAACCAGAAGGGGCACCUGAGAAUCCCUACAGCCAGAUGACAUCUGAUUAUACAGACGACUCUAACAUUAUUGCAAGGAGGACAAGGAAGCGAACUUAUAACUACACGUAACAGGUUGUAUCUGCAGAACAAUGCCUGUGUGAAAGGCGUUUGCCAGUUAAAGGGGAUCUUGUAGGCGUGAAUCACCAGUGGAUGAGCCGGAACUAUAACCCUUUAUAUGCCGCAAGAGUGGGCCAAGAGAGUUGUCCAAAUAGGGACAACAGAAGCAAUAGUCAUUUGACGCUUAUGUUUUUGUAAUCAUUUUUUCAAAUGCAAACCGACUGGAAAUCUUAAUUGCCCUAUGAAACAUAGGAAUAAGUGGAGUGUUGAAACCCGGAGCCGAAAGGCGCUUACACUGUGUGUAUAUAGGGCCCAUUCCUGUGACGAUUCUUUGUCGUAUGAUAAUAAGGAGAAUUGUUCUAAGUGUCACGUGUUCUUUCUUUCAAGCACAAAGCCUGGAUAUUUAUUUACUGGUACUUUAUAAGUAUGUAAAGAUAAGGUCUGACCUCCCGAGCUGCUCUGUGUUUAUGCUUCCUUUUGUGUCGCUCGGGGUGGGAUUUAAACUGACUGAUUAAAAAGAGCUAUCUAUUUUCUCCUU